AUUACGGCGAGGUGUGCGAGCCCGAGCAGAUCGAUCGUUAUUCCAGCUCCUCUCCUCUUCUUGGCCGGGAAGAAAGAAAGGGGAGGGGCGUGGGAUUGGCUGGCGAUGGCGGCGGCGCUGGAGUUCCUGGAGGCGCAGGGCGCGACGCGGCCGGAGCUCGCGGAGUGGUACGCAGCGCUCGCCGACCUGUACCAGCGGAAGCUGUGGCACCAGCUCACCCUCAAGCUCGACCAGUUCCUCGCCCUCGCCGUCGUCCAGGCGGGCGAUGCCCUGAUUCAGCUGUAUAAUCAUUUCAUAUCAGAUUUUGAGACCAAGAUUAAUCUUCUCAAAUUUGCUCACUUCACAGUGGUAGUUUCACGCCAGUAUUUGGACAAAGAUGCAGGUAUUAACUAUCUUGAAGGUGUAAUUUCAAAGCUGCGUGAUACCCGGGAAGCACGGGUUGAAGAGCCCAUUCUGUAUGUGAAGAUGCAGAUUGCAACAUUUCUUCUUGAGAAAGGGAAUCAAAAGGGAUGUAAGAAACUAUUAGAAGAGGGCAAAACAACUUUGGAUGGCAUGGUUGAUGUUGAUCCUUCAGUGCACGGUACCUAUUACUGGGUAUGUUCUCAGUAUCACAAGGCCCAUCAAGACUAUUCUGAAUUCUACAAGAGUGCUCUUCUUUAUCUUGCAUACACAACAGUGGAGUCACUUUCAGAACCAUUCAAACAGAGCCUGGCAUUCGACCUCUCACUUGCUGCUUUAUUGGGUGAAAACAUUUACAACUUCGGGGAGUUGCUUGCCCAUCCAAUCAUCCGUAGCCUUUUGGGGACUCAGGCUGAGUGGAUUUUUCAUAUGUUACAAGCAUUCAACUCUGGUAAUGUAGCACUGUAUCAAGAACUCUGCAAAGCUCACAACACUGCCUUGAGUGCACAGCCUGCAUUGGUCCAAAAUGAGAGGAAACUGCUUGAAAAGAUCAACAUACUUUGCUUGAUGGAAAUCAUUUUCAGUCGAUCAUCUGAAAACCGCACGAUCCCACUGAACGCCAUAGCAGAACGGACCAGGCUCUCAGUUGAAGAUGUGGAGUAUCUACUGAUGAAGAGCCUCUCUGCUCGUCUUAUAGAAGGCAUAAUUGAUCAAGUUGAUGGAACCGUCCAUGUUUCAUGGGUUCGACCGAGGGUCUUAGGCAUAGACCAAGUAAAAUCCUUGCGUGACCGGUUAGAUACCUGGGUUGGGAAGGUGCAUACGACCUUGCUUUCGGUUGAAGCAGAGACGCCGGACUUGAUAUCUUCGUGAUGUUCCUCUCUUUCCGCACAAAGGGUUGAUGUGGCAUUUCCUGAUGUGAAGACCUUAUUUAUCUGUUCUUAGACUGCAGUCUCUGCAGUAACGAUUAUUGUAACCUUGUUUCUUCAAUCAGUGAAGUUAACUAGUAGACAUUCCUAGCAA